AUGGAUGCCCUAACACACCAUAUUCAAGGGGAGGUGCCAUGGUCUAUGUUGUUCGUUGAUGAUAUUGUUCUGAUUGAUGAGACACGAGGCGACGUUAAUGAGAGACUGGAGGUUUGGAGGCAGGCCCUGGAGUUCAAAGGUUUCAAGUUGAGUAGGACUAAGAUAGAAUAUCUGGAGUGUAACUUCAGCAGUGUGACAGGGGAAACAGACAUGGUAGUGAGGCUCGACUCACAAGUCAUCCCCAAGAGAGAAAGUUUCAAGGUAUUGGAGCAAACCAAACUCACCGAAAGCAUCACCGAAGGAGUGAUAAAGAUGACUCUUUUUGAAGUGGUGGACAGUGAUAUGGGAUAUAAUAUUAUUCUGGGAAGACCAUGGUUGCACGAGAUAAGGGUUGUACCAUCAACGUAUCACCAGUUGCUGAAAUUCCCACCACCCGAUGGAAUCAAACAGAUAAUGGAAGGAGUACGCGGCAUAGCAACUACAGGAACCAGCGCCCGCUCCUAA